UUUGUCAACAAAACAACUUUCGCUUUGUUUCAAUUGACACAGUUAAUUGACACAGUGGAAUGCUUUAUAUCUAAAGAAUAUAACAUUUAAAAUGGAAAGGAACUAAGGGUUUGUUAGCUUUAAAUGGAAGUGAUUGUUGUCGAUCCCUUGAAAAAGUAUUAAUCCUGGGGCUUGCGUAAACGUGUGUUGAAACCUGAGCAGUCUUUGAGGAAUGUUUUUGAGAAAUUUUGUUUCAAUCGAAAUGUCUUUUUUGUUGAUGUUUUUAUUUUCAAACUUUGUCUCAAAAGGGACGACGGCUUUAUUUUUGGAUAGGAAUAAAUUUGAUUGCGAGAGAAAUACGACAGUACCAGGUAAUGGUAUAAAGGUCAUCCACAGUAAACCAUUUCGUGAAAAUGGUACUGUCAUAUUUGAGGCGUCGUUGAUUAGACAGUUUGCCUGGGAGGAUCCUAUGUGUAAAUGGUCUUAUGAUGUAGAAGACAUUAUUGAUACCAAGAGUGUUGAAUUAUCUCACAGUUCAAGUCUACGGUGGAUUUUUUCGAAACCUGGAUUAAAAAAAGUGUCGGUGACUGCAGAGUUUCAAUAUUUGGGGAAAGAACAAAGAUUAACGAAUUGUACAUUUGUCAAUGUCACAGAUUGUGAACUUAAACUAGGGCUUGUUGUCUCCACAUCAUCUGGCCAGAAAUACAACAUCGAUCAGAAGCAUUCUAAUGUCUAUAUGGAUGCGCCAGGACAAGUUGAUUUUAAGUUGUCUAUUUUGAAAGUUGACAUGUACUUUGUUUGCCGAGAUUUAUCUUUUCUUUGGGACUUUGGUGAUGGCAGCGAUGCUUCGGGAAAACAUGUGAGCCAUUAUUAUAACAACACUGGAGUUUUCUUUGUGAUUAUGCAAGUUUUCGAUUUUUUUGAGGAUCUUGAUCACAGGAGGUUCAUGAGAAAUAUUACAAUGAAAAUUAAUAUUAAUGAUUGCCCUCUCAAGGCAAAAAUUAUGGUCGCUACCUCAUCAGGGUCAUACAAUAUAAGUCAGAAUCAUACUGAUGUCUUUAUGAAUGCCCCAGGACUAGUGAGAUUUAACCUGUCAAUUUCAAAAGUCCAACCCUACUCAAUUUGUAAAGAUUUAUUUAUUUUCUGGGAUUUUGGUGAUGGUGAUAAUGCUACAGGAAAACAUGUUCAGCAUCAUUAUAACAACACUGGAACUUUCUCAGUGGUUAUGAGAAUACUCAAAGGCAUUGAGUAUCUUGGUCAAAGAAGGCUUAUUAGGAAUAUUACAAUGAAAAUUCACAUCAAAGUGAAACAUGAUUCAUCCCAAAGCUCAAACACUGUAAUAGAUGUUUCCUUGGUUCUGGCAAUAUUUUUCACAUGCUUUGUGUUUGUCCUUUGCAUUGCUGCGUACUGGUUUCGAAAACGUCUUCACAGACACAUAGAAGUUGCGAGGUUCGAUUUCCGAGCAUCUGAGCUUCAAAGCAGUUACGACUAUGCUGAUGGUGCACAAUGUUCUGGAAAGGUCUUAAAUGGCAAAGGAUGUAUAAAUAGCUUGUCCUGUAGAAGAGGAAGCACCGAAAAUUUGUUAAAUUUUGCUCCAAAUAAACAUUACUCAUCUUGCGAAAGAUUUGGAGGUAAAAAUCUUCAUGAAGACCUCUGAUUGUCAACAUUAGAUACUUUGAAAUUGUACACAUUCAAUGGACAGAAGACACACGGUCUGUCUGUUUGAUAUUGUAGGCAACCUAAAACUAAGCAUGCACCAACAAUGAUAUUGCACACUCACUUUUGGGCUACUGUUGUGUUGGGUUAAAUAAAUUGAAUUAUAAAGAAGUAUAUGUUAAAUAGAAAAUAUGAAAAAAGUAUGAAAUUUAUGUAUUGCAAUAAAUCUAAA